UCUCUUCCUCUGCGCACGCUCUCUCUUUCUCUCUCUCUCUCUCUCUCUCUCUCUCUUUUUCUCUGUCUGCUGUCUCCUCUCUGCCCAUCCUUGCUUUGCUUUCCAUCGCUCCGCCUCAUUGGUGCUGCCCCCAUUCCAUUCCUUCUUCUCCCCUCCCUCCCUCUCUCUCUCUCUCUCUCUCUCUCCCUCCCUCUCUCUCUCUCUCUCUCUCUCUCUCUCUUUGCACAGUCUCCUCCGUUGCUUUCCGUCUCCCCUGCUCGCUCGCUCGCUCCCCGUCGGCUUUUAACCCACCUCCCCCUCCCCCCCAUCACCACCACGCGCACCACCCCUCCAAAAAUGAUGAGCAUACAGGGGGGCUAAAGAAGUUUCCAGCGUGCGCGCUCUGAAAACGCACGAGAGGAGGAGAGAGAGGAAGAAAGAGUGUGAGAGCCUGAGAAACAAGAAAAAGAAGACGACUACUGAAGAAAGAAAAGAAAAAGAGAGAGGAAGACAAUCAGGAACGAUAAAAAAAGAGGAGGAGGAGGAAAAGUUUGAGAGAAGACAGCGUUCCAGCACUGAAAAUGAAAUUGGAGGAGGAGUGGUGAACUCUUGGUGGGGGUUCUAAUCUAACGUCUACCACCGCCAGCUGAGGAUCAACACCAGGUCUGGACCAAAGAGCAAUCAAACCUGCAAUCAUAUCAGAUGGAGGUGGAUGUAGCAGAUGAGAAGCGCCACCACACACGCUCAAAAGUGCCCUUGGAACCAGCGAUACAAGAGCUAUUCAGUGUGUACGGCUGCCCUCUGUCCAAGAAGAGGAAAACACACGACAGGCAGCCCCUCGAGCCCGUGGCCAAGAGAAAGGCCUUUCUGACACACGCCGAGCCGCUGCAGCCCAUGGAGGACUGCUACGAAGCCGAGGCGGCGGUGGAGGAGAUGGACGAGAAGGAGGAGGAGGAGGAAGAGGAAGAGGAGGAACCUGGGGAGGAAGCUGGGGAGGAGGAGGAAGAGGAGGCGGUAGAGGAGGAAGAGGAAGAAGAAGAGGAGGAAGGAGAGGAGGAAGUGGAGGAAGAGUAUACAGACAAUGAGGAACAAGUAGUACACGAGGAAGGAGAGGUGGAGAACGGAGAAGAGGAAGAGGCGGAGCAAGAAGAGGAGGAAGUGGUGGAGGAAGAGGAGGAAGAGGAGGGUGAGGAUGGUGAUGGCGAAGGGGAGGAUGAGGAGGAAGAAGAAGAGGAAGAGGAAGGAGAGGAGGAGGAGGAUGAUGAAGAGGACCAGCAUCAUGGUCACGUCAAUCAAGAAGGCAACCAGAUCAACGGCAGCUACACCAAACCCAGCCCUACGGUAGAGAAGGACGACAACAACAACGAUGAAUACGACAACUACGAUGAGCUGGUGGCCAAAUCUCUCCUCAACCUGGGCAAAAUCGCUGAGGACGCUGCUUACAGGGCCAUGACCGAGUCCGAGAUGAACAGCAACUCCUCCAACAGUGCUGAGGAGGAAGAGGAAGAGGAGGAGGAUGAAGAAGAUGAUGAAGAGGAAGAGGACGAAGACGAGGAAGAGGAGGAGGACGGUGAGGACGGCUCUAAGAAGGGGGAGCUGAGUCUGGACGUGGACAGUGAUGUGGUGAAGGAGACAGUGGACUCUUUGAAGCUUCUGGCUCAGGGUCACGGAGCUGUCAUCUCUGACAACCUUGAUGACAGGAGCUAUCAGGAAGAUAUCAAAAACGAGGACUGUGGCAUGAACGGUCUGGCUGGAUAUGGGUGUAACGGCGGCGCUAACAGUUGCGCAUUGGGAAAGACCACCAGCAACGGUCAGAUGGUGGAGGAAAGUGAUGAGGACGUGUGUUUGAGCAGUCUGGAGUGUCUGAGAAACCAGUGCUUUGACCUGGCGCGCAAACUGAGCGAAACCAAGCCGAGAAUCGAAGCCGAGCGCCUCAACCACAACCAGGACAACCACCAUCUGCACCAGGAUAUGCUGCUGCAGCAGGGGGUCUACGGAGACUGCCACGAGCAGGACAACACAGAGGAACGCCGCGUCCUGGAGCGUAACUACUCGGACAUGGUCAACCUUAUGAAGCUGGAGGAACAGCUCAGCCCUCGCUCCAAAGCCCUUUCCAGCUGCGCCCGGGAGUACGACAGCUACCAGGACCGGGACGAGGACACCACCUCCAUCGCCUCGGACCAUUCAGAGGAAGUGUUUGACAUGACAAAGGGAAAUCUCUCGCUGCUGGAGAAGGCCAUAGCGCUUGAGUCAGAGCGGGCAAAGGCCAUGAGGGACAAGAUGGCCUCGGAAGCGGCCAGGAGGGAAAGGCUGCAUCUCCAUGAGGAGAACCACGGCCUGAGGCUCAGCUGUGCAGAGGAGCGCAAAGCAAGGCUGCAUCACGACGGCCUGAAGAAGCCCUACUAUCCUAAAGAUUCCUCAAGGUCGGACAAGAAAGAGAGCCGGUGUCCGACGCCGGGUUGUGAUGGCACAGGUCAUGUGACUGGGCUGUACCCUCACCACCGAAGCCUGUCUGGAUGCCCUCAUAAAGACAGGGUCCCUCCAGAAAUUCUUGCAAUGUAUGAAAAUGUUCUUAAGUGUCCUACACCUGGCUGCACUGGACGCGGCCAUGUCAAUAGCAACAGGAACUCUCACCGGAGCCUCUCUGGAUGCCCAAUAGCGGCUGCUGAGAAGCUGGCCAAAGCCCACGAGAAGCACCAAGCCUGCAACGGAACCACCAAGUCCAACCAGGCAUCAGACCGAGUGCUGAGGCCCAUGUGUUUUGUGAAGCAGCUGGAGAUCCCGCAGUAUGGCUACAAGAACAACGUACCCACCACCACCCCGCGCUCCAACCUGGCCAAAGAGCUGGAGAAGUACUCCAAGACCAGCUUCGACUACAACGGCUACGACAGCCAGAAUGUGUACGGCAAGCGCGCCAUCGCUCCCAAGGUCCAUGGCCGAGACACGUCGCCCAAAGGAUACGAUGCUAAGCGCUACUGUAAGAACUCCAGCUCGGCGAGCAGCACCACCAGUAGCUACGCCCCCAGCAGCAGCAGCAGCCUGAGCUGUGGAGGAGGAGGUACGGGAGCAGGAGGAGGAGGAGGAGAGGGAGGAAGCAGUGCCAGCAGCACCUGCAGCAAGAGCAGCUUCGACUACACUCACGACAUGGAGGCCGCGCACAUGGCCGCCACCGCCAUCCUCAACCUGUCCACGCGCUGCAGAGAGAUGCCCCAGAGCCUCGGUGGCAAACCCCAGGAGCUCUGCACACGGAAGCGGGACGUAGAGGUGGAUGAUGAUGGAGUGAUGAUGGACGUGAGCGUGUGUAAGCGUGUUGGCGGAGGCAGUCGCUCGCUGGGCCCACUGGAGCCCGUGUUGGGCCGGCGGGAGCGGGAGGUCCUGCCGGGCACCCGCUGCUGCCCCCUCGACCCCUGGGAGCUGCCCGUCGACUACACCAAGAUCAAACGCCUGGAGCACGACAGAGAGUCAGAUGAUUUGGACCCAUUCCAGGACAUUCUGGAGGACAGUGCGUACGCCACGGACGUCACCAUCCCGAGUCCCAAGCCUAAAUUCGCUCCCUGCAAAGAAAGCAAAAAGGACCUGAUAACAUGCCCAACACCAGGGUGUGAUGGAAGUGGUCACGUAACCGGUAAUUACGCCUCGCAUAGAAGUCUUUCAGGUUGUCCUUUAGCCGAUAAAAGCAUUCGAAGUAUGAUGGCAACCAAUUCGCAAGAACUCAAGUGCCCGACUCCGGGCUGUGAUGGUUCGGGACAUAUCACUGGCAACUACGCCUCACACAGAAGUUUGUCAGGAUGCCCACGCGCUCGCAAGAGUGGCAUAAAGAUUACACACAGCAAAGAGGACAAGGAGGACCAGGAGCCAAUCAGGUGUCCUGUACCUGGCUGUGACGGACAGGGUCACGUGACGGGGAAGUACGCAUCUCACCGCAGUGCGUCAGGCUGCCCUCUAGCGGCCAAACGGCAGAAGGACGGCUAUAUGAAUGGGGCACAGUUCACGUGGAAGGCUGGGAAGACGGACGGCAUGUCCUGCCCGACCCCGGGCUGUGACGGCUCGGGGCACGUCAGUGGCAGCUUCUUGACCCAUCGAAGUCUGUCAGGUUGCCCACGUGCCACAUCGGCCAUGAAGAAGGCCAGGCUGUCAGGGGUGGAGAUGCUUACAUUAAAACAGCGGCCAAGCAAUGGUUUAGACAAUGACGAGGACAUUAAACAGCUGGAUGAAGAAAUCAAAGAUUUAAGUGAAUCUAAUUCACAGGUGGAGUCAGAUAUGAUCAAACUUAGAACACAGAUUACCACAAUGGAGUCUAAUCUGAAGUCAAUAGAGGAAGAAAACAAGGUGAUUGAACAGCAAAAUGAAUCUCUCCUGCAUGAGCUGGCCAACCUCAGCCAGUCACUGAUUAACAGUUUAGCUAAUAUCCAGCUCCCUCAUAUGAAACCGCCGCUACACAAAGAGCCUCCACUUAGAAAUAACAGCUGUUUACAGUUGCAUCAGCGAGACCCGAUAAGUGAACAGAACUUUGACGCGUACGUGACCACUCUGACUGACAUGUACACAAAUCAAGACCAGUACCAGAGCCCAGAGAACAAAGCCCUGCUGGAGAAUAUAAAACAAGCAGUACAAGGGAUCCAAGUCUAGCCAAUCAGCAAACUAAGAGGCUUCUGUCGUGUGUAUAAUCGUGGAAAUCGUGGGGAAAAAAAGAGACAUUUACAAAACAAGAACAAGACAAACGGGAUGCCUCGCGGUUUGCUGCUGUAAUUUAGCAGACAGUGUUAAAUAUUCACAUUAUGUUCUUUCAAAAGUGUUAUGCUUACAAAUCUUCAUGACUUUUAUUUCAUGAUUUCCCUUUUAUUUUUGGUCUUGCUUUGGAAAAUAAUUCUAGUUCUCGGCAGAAUAGUUUUUGAAGACAUUCACAUUUUGUACGUUUUCAUAUGAGCUAACAUAGUGUGAUGUAAUGUUUCUAGCUGCUCAUGUAUGCACAUUUUAGUGUAUAUUUCUGAACAGUAAGGCAAACGAUAUUGGAUAUACAUUCUUUUUUAAUGCUUGCUGACUAAGCGCUUUAGAUCGAAGAUCUAAACGAGAACAUCUAAACAUCUAAACAAGGAACAUGCAAAGAUAUUAGCUACUUUUUAAAAAUGAUCUUUUCUCCUCAUUGAAUGAUUUUAUGGACUUUCGGAAGAUGUUUUUGUGUGCAGAUUGUAAAAUGGCAGGACUUUUAUUUUGUAACUAUGCUCCAGAGUUGGCACCUGGUCGUCGGGCGGCGUGAACGUGGGAGAGCAUUUGGGUUGUUGGAAAGCAUUUGUAGAGCAUUGAAGAAGAAGAAAAAAAAACACAAAAAUGGAAUCAACUUGAUGUAUGAAUGUCACAGUUUUAUUGUAAACAUCAUGACACGGAAACCUGAUGGUGGAAGUCCCAGAGUUUAGCGAAGAACAUUAACUUCGAGAAGAAAAAGAAAAAAAGUAUUUUUUUCUUAUUUUUUCAUAUUGAUUAAUUUGGUGUUGGUAGCUAAAGAGCUACUGUCAUUAAAUCUGCAUCAGCGUAAUGGCAAACGAGCUUCUUAGGACCACCCCAGCAUCAGUGUUCAUUUAGCAUGAUCCUAAUCCUAUCGUCCUAUCGUAAUCGUAGCUAGAAUCUAUCUCACACCACAUCAGCAAUAUUUACGACUAUAUUCACAGUGUUUAUGACGAUGAGAGGCAAUCUGGGGAAACAGUUGGGGGUAUAUGCAAUUUCCUGUUUGUAGACAUACAUAGUGGAUGGAGUGGGGAGGCAAAAAAAAUGAAAAAAGAUGCUUUUUACUGUGUGUAAAUGAUUGAUUUUUCUAUAAAUCUUUUAAUACUAAAUUUUUAAAGUGGGUAUACGUGAACAUUCAAUUUCGAGACAGGCAAAGAAAUCUUUUUCUUUCUUUUUAUUUUUUAUUUUUGUUAAUUUAGGACAAUUUUAAUGCACAGGGACACCUUCGUUUCCAUGUUCUGAUGGUUUUACAUGAACUACAGCAGUACUUGGAGCCUAAAGUGGAAGAAGAAGGGUUUUGUAGAAUAUAUAUAAAUGAACUAUGAAAGCGGGACUUACAGGGUCAUUGUCCCCACUUAUGUGCCAGUAGACUAUUUGCACUUGUCCUAAAGAUAUAUGGUCACAUGUGGUGGUGUGCAAUCUCCAAGUGUCUCUUCGGCACACGAUUGGGACGAAGAAGAAGAAGAGGAAGUAGAAGAUGAAGAAGAAGAAUGGCAAGGAUGUUACUGGACUGUAUCGGGUGGAGACUACAGGGAAUCUGAACACAAAUGAGGACAAUAUCUUUACCAGUAAUAUUAUGAAUUAUUAAAUGAUGCUAUUUCAUUUUGGUAUCUUCUAGGAACAUUAAAAUCCCCAGCAGCACUUUAUGUCUAUCACUGUACAAAAUCAUUAAAAAAUACUCAAUCAAUAUAUGGAAUCACAACGAGAGGCGAAAGAAAAAAUGAAAGAAGGGAAAAACGUAAAAGCGGGCAGGCCAAUGGAUGGAGUGUUGGAGUGUUGUCUGAAGCAGUGAAGGGAAGUGUUGCAAUACUACAGUACGUCUCCUAUCCACCCCUACUACUACUUUCUGUUCUGUUACCUGCGGUAGCAACCACGCUAAGACUUUGCCUUCUGGAGAGCGACUGCAAAAGAUGCUUGUCUUUCACCGGAUCUCGUCCAUUGUACAACUCUUCGUCCUCUUUUCGGACACCAUCCUCCAUGACUGCAUAUGCCUUUCAUCACAGCAUCGUGUCUGCAGCUUUUUGCCAAUAUAGUAAUGCUUUCGAUAGAGUAAUAGCUAGUAUCAGUUUUUGAAUAAAAUUAUCGUUAUCAGUACAAUGGAAAAGGGAUUUUAAGCACAAACAUGCUGCUCAUCUACUGUUGCUACAUAAUAUCAAAUAAUUUAAAAAAGAAGAACAAGAAGAACAAGAAGAUAUCUGUGACUAUUUACCUAGGGAAAAACAAAAAGGUGUCACAUAUUAGAAUGCUGAAAUUUCAUAUGAAUUAUUGUGAAUUCAUCAGAGUUUAUUUAUUCUAAAUUCUUCAUUUCGAGGUUGAUUUGAGUAAUCAUCGAUGAAGACAGGAUUUUGUACAAACUAUUGUGCUCUCUGUGGAACUGAAGUUUGAUUUAUUUUUGUACAACACAGCAUGAAUUUGUUGACCUUUUAGUUUUGCUAUAAAUGUGUGAGAUCACAAGUUGCUGUGAUUUUUCAUUUUUAAAUUGUGGAAUUUGUACAAUUUUUGUCAUGCUGGAUGUUGACACAUCUUACUCUGAAUAAAUAAAAAUGGUGUUGCCACA